UACACAUAGCUUAGUAUUUUCUCUACAUAUUUCAUAUUAAUAUUAUAUCAUUAGAGAAUAAUAUCCGUUGAAAUUUUUGAAGAAAUUAAAAAAAAGAUCUUUGGGACGCAUUUCUGGGACAAAAUCUUUGUAGAAUUUGAUAUUUCUAAAUGAAAAAAAUAGACACACAGAAGCGCGAUAGAAGGAUGAGGGAGAAGUAGGAGAGAGAAAGUUUGAGUUUGUGUGCAACAGUGGAAAAUGGUCAGAGCACAGAGAAAAAGAGGUGGCUGUGAGUGUUAUUUUUUUCUUCGAUCUCUACUUGUUGCCCUAAAUCGCCGAAGUUCUGCGGUGCAAGGUAUUUUGCUUGGCAUCUGAAAAAUUGUUUUUCAUUUCCCAAUCUUUCGCAUGAUUGUUUCUUUUUUCUGGGUGGGCCCCUUGUGCCAUGGGCGUCGUCAAGAUUAGGCGCCAGGGGCCUGGGAAAGAUAAUCAUGUUCAACAUUUUCCUUUGAACUAUAUGCUAGAUGAGAUUGAGCAAGAUGAUAGAUUUCCAUCUGGGAAAGAUCAUAGUGACGAUCCUGAUGAUUCUGAACUGUCUGAUGCUGGCUAUGAGUAUGCCUUGGUCAAUGAUCAGACCUCCAAUAUUCCUUAUGAACUUUAUGAACUUCCAAAUUUGAAGGAGAUUCUCUGUCUGGAAACUUGGAAUUUGUAUUUAACUGAAGAAGAAAGGUUCCAUCUAGCUGCUUAUCUUCCAGAUAUGGACCAGGAAACAUUUGAGCUUACAAUGAUAGAAUUGCUUAGUGGUGCAAAUAUUUUUUUUGGAAGCCCCUUGGAAAUGCUCUUUCAUAGACUUAAAGGUGGAUUUUAUUCGUUGCAAGUGACUCAACUUAGAGAAGGAUUGAGAUUCUUACAGGAAAGAGGAUAUCACCAUUCUUUGAGAUCUUAUCAUGAGAGUAUAUCUCAGAAGUUUGUGGAGAUGAGAAAGGCCUGGAGAAAUUGCCAACCAAAUACUAGUGUUGAGGAACGAGUUCAAAUUUGGAAGAAUAAGAAAAAACAAAAGCCUGCGUUUUUGGUUGACCUCAAUGCGUCUCCCCAUGACGGGGAGCUUUCAUGUAGGGGUGUUAAAAAGGUUAUGGGACUUCCGGCACUGAGAAAGACAACAUUUAUGAAUGAAGAGGCUAUCACUCAUAUUCCUGCAGUGGAUUGGAACAUCGCGACAUUGAACAACAGGACAAAGGCUAAGGGUGUAUUGAAAAUAAAGACACCUGAGAUUAGCUCAUUACCAAAGCAAGUUCUUCUAUCAUUGCCUACAGAGUCUUUGGAACCAUUUAGGCGGCCACCAAAAGGUGUACUUAAGAUAAAGCCUAAAGUCUAUCACACUAGUGUUGCAGAAAGACCAAGGACAACUGCAGUUUCUCCUGAUCAGGGUUUACCUAGCAUAUUUGGUGUUCACGCAUCUAAACUCUCUCCUUCACAUUCUGCUUCCCAGUGGCAAGAGGAGAACCUAACUAAGAAGUUAAACUAUGUGCAUAAGUUGGUCAGAGCAGGAAGUGUUUAUAGAGAAUCUCCAACACAUGAGCUUACUAAAGAUCAACAAAGUGAGGUUACUGUAAAUAUUGGUUCUAGACUAUUUGAUAAUGCACAAAUUUCCCUGAGAAAGAUGAAACCGGUAAAAGACAUGAAAAUGCCCUCUGAUGACUCUAGUGAUUUUAGAGAGUGCUUUGAUGGUCAGCUAAAGGGUGAUCCCUGGCGAACCUCUUCUGGCUUACACCAAUCAGCUCCUGAUACUAACCAAAGGAAGCUAAUGCUAUUUCAUACCAAUGUGUCCGAAGCAGUAUCAAGGAACUUGAUUAUUGCAGAUGAUUAUAAGAUUUUUCCAACAAAUCCUGACCAUUCAGAGCAUCAGUAUAGGGAUAAAAAGGAUGGUGAGGGUGUUGAAAAAAGCCACAUGUUUCCCAUAACAUACAAGAGAAAAAAACCACAUACGAAGCUUAGUGCUCUUCAGAACCAAAAAAAGCCAUCCAUGGUAGCUAGCAUGGAACCUGCAGUUCCAGUUGGAGCCAAUUUUAAUCAAAUGGAGAAAACUAAGGCUAUAAAAAUAAGAGUGAAGGGCUGGAACGAGUUCAACUCUAAGUACAAACAAGGGAUGCUGGAUGGUCAGCAUCAUGGUUCUCCUUCCACCUAGGUGACACUUUUGUGAUGAUAAUGGUGCAUAUUUGAUGGUUCACAGGUAUUUUAUGCUUCCAGUGGAUCAUUUAAGUGGCCAUAAGGGAUGCCUGAUAAGUUACACCAUGAAAACUUCUCAGGCACUGCUUUGAUGGUUUCCAUGUGUACAAAUGUGGUGGAAAGAAAGUUUUGUGUGCAAUUAAACCUGGAAUUUAGUCUUUCGAUUAUAGCUGGUGGUCAGAUCUAAUAUUGUUAUAUGAUUAUAUACGUAUACAAAUACCUAGUAAAUUCAUCCAUUUGUCUUAAAUGAUCUGUAUUUUUUGUUCUAUUUUAUUAUCCUGGAUUAGAUAGUAGCGGGGACUGAUUUUUGCCUUUCUCUUGCUCAAUUCUUACUUGUUUGACAAGCUGGUCCCGCGAAAGACAUAAUCUGUUGUACAUCUAAAUCAAAGCUUCAUGAUUUUACUGGUGAUCAUCUUAUAUUCAA